ACGUCUUAAACUGUGUGCGUCUAUCGCAAUUCCCACUGCACGUAGGGCACCUAACCCAUUGCACGUGGUUUUCUUUCGACGAUAAUUUAAAUAAACAAAGAUCCCCCCCCCACACACGCCCACCACUCCCAACGAGUGCCGGAUCUGGGAUGCAAGGAGAGAGUGAGAGAGGGGUGUGGGGGGAGAGUUGAUUGAUUGAUUGGCCCUCUGCUCAUCGGGUGUUUGGUUCAACGAAGGGCAAGCUUCUCUCUCUCUCUCCGGACUCCGCGACGUGGAACAAGGCCACCUCUUCACGCGGCCUCAGUGCGGCCACCCACCCGCCGUCCGUUGAUCCACCGCUGGACGCGAUGAGGAGGCCACGCGGGGCCUCCUCUGGCCACCGCUGUCGCGAGCGAGACGAGGCGGAGGGACGCAGCGCCGAGUGAGCGAGAGGGCCGGGUCCCCACCGAGGCUGCGCUGGUCAGGAUGCACUGGGCUGUGCGUUUGGUUCUGUCCGUGUGGUGCUCCUCACUCUGCCGCCCAGCGCAGGCACAAGUGCGCGUGCUGUGCGUGCCUGAGCGCACCUUCGUGUCGGUGCAAGAGAACAGCGCCGGGGGCCUCCUCGUCGUGGCGUUCACCGUGCCACCGCCGGGCCCCGCCUCGUCCUCUUCGCCCCCCCUGACCCCGCGUGAGCUCACGUGGGCCCUCGCGGGGCCCAACUCCACGUGGUUCUACGUGGACGACGCCGGCGGUCUGCGGCUCGAUGCGCGGCGAUCGCUCGAUGCGGAGAACAUGACGACCCCGGUGCUGAGGGUGGACGUGACCUGCAGCCACGGAGUGGAACACACAGAGCACUCGAUCCUCGUGCAGGUGACCAACUUGAACGACAACCAGCCCCGGUUUGACCGAGACGUCUACCUGGUCGACAUUAACGAGCUGUCUCCCGUCGACUCGACCUUCGUGAGCGUCAAGGCCACGGACCUGGAUGGUGACGCCAUCCGAUACGUCCUGGACCCCAACUCCAACGGAGUGGAAUUCUUCACCAUCACUCUGCCCGGCAGUGGCCGGAUCAGCCUGCACCGGCCACUCGACUUCGAGGAGCUCACGGACCUGAGGCUCAUCGUCUACGCCGAGGAGUUCUCCACCACGGAGCGUUACCGCGCCACCGCCACGGUGUGGGUGACAGUGCGCGACGGGGACGACAUGUACCCGCACUUCCUGCCGUGCCGGCUAUCCGGGCCGGACGGUGUCAGUCAGCACGGCCCGGGAGACGCGGCCAACAUCACCGGCGCCGCCGUCACGGCGCUGUCUACGCCGCUCUGCCUGCCGCCCACUUACAACGCGACCGUCAGCCAGGGGGAGAUCCAGACAUCGCCGUUCGUGUUCAGCCCCGGUCCGAUCCUGGCGGAGGACGGAGACAAGGGUCUGAACACACGCAUCACCUACACCAUCGCCCAGGAGGAGCCUGGGGGUCACGUGAGGAUCGACGCAGCCACUGGGAACGUGACUCUGGUCCGAGCGGUGCGCGAUCGAUUCCAGGUUCCCCAGAUCAACCUCCAGAUCAUGGCGGCGCAGGUGGACGACCCGCGCAAGUUCGCGGUGGCGGUCGCGGUGGUGCGCGUGGUGUCGCUGAAUCGCUGGGCGCCGGCGUUCCCCGGCGGCUACGAGGGGUUCGUGCGAGAGAGCUCGGGCGACGCCGUGCCGGUGUUCACCACGCGCGAGUCGGCGCUGCGCGUGCACGCGCUGGACCGCGACUUCCCCAAUGGCCUGAACCCCCGGGUGGAGUACUCGCUGAUCGUCCCGGCCGGAGCGCGCGCCGAAUGGUUCUACGUGACUCACGAGGGCUUCGUGCUCGCUCGCGGAGACGCGCUCACCCUGGGCCAGAGCUUCGCGCUGGAGGUGGUCGCCACCGACCAGGAAAGCUUCGACGUCGCGAAAACCUCGCUGAACAUCGAAGUGAUCGCGCAGGAUGUGAACUUCUACCGAGCGCGCGAGAUGGGGAUCCUGUCGGUGGUGCUGGCCAGCUGCCUGGCCGUGGCCUGUGCCGCCACGGGCCUCAUGUACUACCGCAUGCGCCUCCUGGGACACAAGGCCGACGAUCCGCUGGCCCUCAAGGAGAGCCCCUACGUGAGCCUCACAGACUACAGGAUGGUGGCCAUGGGGGCAUUCCGCCCGAAGUUCCGGACGAGCCACUCCGUGGAGGGGAACGGCGGCGCGGCCGACGGAGGCUGCCACUUCGCUCCGCAGGACCAGGUGGCAAACCCGUACGCCGCAGAAACAGCCACGGCCGGGACGCCCCGAGACGCCCGCACGGAGGCCCCGGACGUGGUCCCUCCGCCGGCCACGGAGGGUGCCGCCAUCUGCGUGGCCUCGGAGGGGGGCGACAGGGGGCUGGCGGGCCGCGGGGUGCGCUUCCACCAGGACGAGGUGGCCUCUGGCGGUGCCGCGGCGGCGGCGGCGACACCGGGCCCUGGAAGGGAACGCAAGAGGCGCGGAGAAGCAGCCUCGGCGUUCUUCAGCGUCAGCGAGGGCGCGCACUGAGCAAGGCGGUGAUGGGGACCCCCCCACCCACCCCGCAAACGCAGGGGAGCGGGGAGACGAUGGGGAGGUGGAGGGAAAUCGCAUCGAGUGAACAGCAGCCACGUCGUCGGCGGCGUCGUCUUCUUGUUCAUCGUCUUCACGAUCACCGUUAUCGUGAUUACCAUCGUGAGCUCAGCCAUCGCCGCGAUCGUCAUUGGCAUUGAUGUCGCCAUCAUCGUGGUUAUAGCAUCGUCAUCUUUAGUUGCUCCAUCUGCUUCUUGGCGUCUCUCUGCACGAGGGCAGGUCCCUGACUCUGUCCCCCACCAUUCCGUGCCACCCCACCUCCUCACCCCACCUCCUCACCCCACCGUCCCCACGCCGCCCUGCGCCCUCCUCACUCGGGCCCUCCACCCCGGGGUCCGAGCGAUGGAGAUGACCUCCCAUCCCCCUCUGCCUCCCCUCAGCAGGGUUUUGUUUUUAGGGCGCCACACUCGUGACCGGUGCAUUUUUUUUAAGGAAUAAUAACGCAUUAUUAUCGAGGAUCGGUGUGAAUUAUAUGCAGAUCACGGUGCAAAGACAAAGAUCCCGCGUGUAGCCUUUAACAGACUGUAGGGGCAAGUGCUGUUAGCGAGUAGCACCUAUGAAUGGCACACGAGGGGGUGGGUGGCCA